GUUCGUAGUCUGUGUGUUGUGACUGUGCGCUUCUCUACGUUUCAGGUUGUUGGAGCGAGGAGAUGACCUCUGAGCGAGGCGGGCUGCUCAAGAGCCGCGCUGAAGACUUUGCACGUCACCUGACGAGGCGUCUGCGCUCCCUAGGCGGGGCUGGAGAUGGUGGCGGGGGCAGCUGGGUAGAGUCAAGCACUGAGGUCUACUACGACAUUGACUCAUCUCUGGCGAGUCCCCAAGAAGAACUUGCAGAGCCAAUCUUCAUCGCAUCCCAAAACAAAGAUGGUCUUCCUCUCCAGCGAAGUGAAUCGUCAGGAUCCGAGUACUUUGACACCUUCGAGGAGCUUCCUCAGCCAUCUUCAUCGGCACUCCUGAAGAAAAUCCCUAUCCUCCACCUUAAGACUGAAAAACCAGUUCCUCUCACAAACGGACACACAAAUGUCAUAGAUGCAGACCUAGGAUGCACCAGAGUCCAUGUCAUAUCUUGCGAAGAAAUUCAACCAAGUGAAACAAUCGCCGAGAAAGAAACCUGUGAUAUUGUCGAGAACAACAACACCUGGAUUGAUGUGGAAGAUGUGGACAAAAUCGAUAAAAAAGAAGCUGAACCGGUCUUAGAACUUUGUAAUGGUGCUGUAAGCUUAGAAACGCAUUUAGUUUGUGCUGGGAACACAUCAGAUAAAACAGAUUCAGAAACAUUAGGAAACUGUGUGUUUUGUGAUAUAGAACAGGCUAAGUCUACUUUUACCAGUAAUACAGAGUCAAUAGUUCCCCAGAUAGAAGACCAAAGAAUUAGCAGUAGUAUAAACCAUAGUGCAGAUAAGGAACCCGAUAAACACAAAGAUUCACACAUUGAAUUUUCCCAUCAGAAGCCUAACGGAUAUUUACCUGAGACAGAAGAUAGUGUUUCUCUUUCUGAUCUCCUUCAAGUUUUAAAAAGGGAGAUUUCAAAAGAUUCUGAAUGUACUGAAGAAGCAAAGAAUUUGGUAGCAGAUUCAAAAACUAGCGAUGACCCACAGACUACUUGUCCUAGUAUCGAAGUAAGAGAAUCAACGCCUACACAAUCCCAAGAGGUUGCAGAAAAAGAUGAAGAAUUUGACAUUGAAACAAAAAGGAAAAACUUCCGAAGAUGUUCGAGUUUGAAAAGUGGAAAAACGCCACCUGGAACUCCAGGGAGGAAGAAGAUUGUCAGGUUCGCAGACGUGCUGGGAUUGGACUUGACGGAUACCAAAACCUUCCAAGACGAGGUACCUACGGUGCCCAGUUCAGCCUAUUCAGACUUGCACCUACCUGACGAUGUUCCAUCUUCACAAGCCACUUCCAGUGUGAUGACUCCUCAGACCCAGAAGGUUCUGGUGCCAUUGUUCCCUCAACCGUUUCUCUCUCCCAAUUUCAUGGACCGAGUGAUGGCCAAUAACGUUUGCCUAGAGAGUGCAGCAGUAAGUGACAUGAACCUGUUCGCCAUCACAGGAGUUGUCAGGGUGCGGAACAUCGAUUUCCACAAGAGUGUUUACAUCCGCUAUUCCAUCAACAGCUGGAAGAACUAUGCUGACCUGCAGGCCAGGUACAUUCCCAAAUCCUGUGAUGGUUUCUCCGACAAGUUUAGUUUUGUUCUUUACGCACACACGCUGAGUGUUGGACAGAAGAUGGAGUUUGCUGUCCGCUACCACACAGCCGGCACUCAGUUUUGGGACAGCAACGGUGGACUCAACUACGUUUUUGAAUGCUUACAGCAGCCUGUUCCCAUCGCCCAUCCAGAGAUACCCCCAAGUCCUGUCGAAACUUGGGCCUCCUUCCUCUAAAUUUGAAAAUUUAAAUACACAGAAAGGCUGGUGAGGUUUUCCUUAAAGUUACACAAAAUAACAGUUAUACACAUGUUUUCUCAAUAGUUAAAUUAUGUAUGCAUUCUUUAGAGAGAAGACUUCUUUAUACAGUUCUCAAUUCCACUUACACUAUGCAGUACAUGGCUAAUAAGAGACAGUCAUGCAAUUAAAACUAUUGGUAUCGUUCUGUGGGCUGUGUCAAGUAUCCCCCUAACCCUCAGAAAAUGUCAGAGUGAUGAUAGGGUGUACAACUUUCUGUAAAACUUACUCUAUCCCUUUAUGUGAUCUCACUCAUUACAGCAAGGAGGAAAACCUCACUCAUCUAAAUUUCCAUUUCAUUAAAAUUCUAUAAACUCACUUUCACUCAUAGAUCACUCUAGGGUAUCAGAAGUAGACAUAACAAUGUAAAUGAACAAGUUCCAUUGAUGGGAUCCUGCCUUUAAGACUAAGAGUAGAAACUAAGUCAUAGCAUGUAAGGCCUUCAAGAUUUUUUAACAAUAUUGGUUUUAUUUUUGAAAUUGUUUCCAUACAAAUUUGGAUCUUUUGUUUUCCCAUACCAUUACACAACAAAUAACUAGCUAUUAGAAAGAAGAACAUGAGCUCAGUAGCUUUAUGAAAGUCUCUACUAUUUAUAGCAAUUUAAUAAUCAAUGUACAUUUUUUUUGUUGAAUAACUUUGCAUUAUUUAUUUACAUGAUUUAUAUCAUUAGUUUUUUUUUAACAGAUAUCCUUCCAUUUAGGUAUAAAAUAC